UCUGAUUUGUCCUCGCUUUUCCGUGCUUAUAUUACUUUUUGGUUGCAAACAUUUUGAACAAAUGAUUUGGUUCUUGGCUGAGUUUUCAGUUUUGUCAUCUUCUUGCAACGCAAGUCUAUUUUGCCCUUUAAUACAAUUUCGUUUUUGACUGAACUAACUCGCCUCAUUUCCCAUGACUUGCCAAUUCAUUUUCUUUGUAUGCCUUCAAAGCCUCGUUCCAAUUUCGGUUACAACUUUCAACUUCCCUCUUUUGCAAACGUAUUCCUGAUCCUGAACUGAUCCUUUACUAACAUGGAUUUUCAAAGCUUUAUGGAAGCUUGGAUGAAAGCUUCUUACGUGGUCUUUGUGUUCUUCUAUGCUUUCUUUCUCGGUGCUUUAAAAGGCAUAGUCGUGGGUCCUAUUGCUUGUCUGGUUCUUAUUUUAGGCAACGUUGGGGUGAUUUUGGCGCUGUUUCCUUCACAUGUGGCUUGGACUGUUUACACCCUUUUUAAGGUUCAGAUGUUUGAUGCAGCCUUGAAAGUCGCCAUUUUGAUUGCUUUGCCUGCCUUGUUUUGCUUGUGGUUGGGUCUAGGCAUAGCGGGAAGCGUUCUUGUUGGAGUGGGGUAUGGUUUCUUUACCCCUUGGGUUUCAACUUUUGAGGCCUUCAGACAUGAUAACGAGUCCAAGAAAUUUUCUCACUGUAUUGUGGAUGGAACGUAUGGAACUAUCAAAGGCAGUUCCACGGUGGUUAGGGAUUUUGCAGAUAUGUGUUACCAUUCAUACCCAAGUUUCUUAAAGGAACUACGUGAAUCACCUACCUCAGAUGAGCGUCAGAGGCUAAGGUUAAUUCAUGUUCCUGGAUGUGUCAUUGUUGGGAUACUGGGGCUAGUUGUGGAGAUUCCUCUUUUCACUGCAAUUGCUAUAGUAAAGAGCCCCUACAUGCUGUUCAAGGGCUGGUUCAGACUUUUGCAUGAUUUGAUUAGCAGAGAGGGUCCAUUCCUUGAAACAGUCUGUGUCCCCAUUGCUGGUUUGACAAUAUUUGUGUGGCCACUAGUUGUCCUUGCCAGCGUAUUAUUGGCUAUUAUAUCAAGCAUUUUUUUUGGAAUUUAUGCAGCUGCUAUAGUAUGUCAGGAAAGAUCUUUCCGUAGAGGUUUAGCCUAUAUGAUUGCUAUGGUUGCUGAAUUUGACGAAUAUACAAAUGAUUGGCUCUAUCUACGGGAGGGGACAUUCUUACCAAAGCCCCAAUAUCGAAAGAGAAAAGCCUCUCAAUCAUCGGAGUUUUCUGUGAGAGGAUCCAGUGUGGGUGGAAGCAGAUUAAAUACUUCGAUGGACCCGCCUGCAAUGUUUAUGCCAAACUUAGCUCCUUCAAGAUCUGUUAGAGAGACCAUUCAAGAGGUGAAAAUGGUGCAGAUUUGGGGAAAUAUGAUGAAGUACUGUGAGAUGAGAGGCAAGGAAUUAUUGGAUGAUAAUGUACUUACAGGUGCUGACCUCUGUGAAUGGAUGAGGGGCAAGAAUAUAAAUGAAGCUUCCAUAGUUGGUGUUGGCUUGCCUUGUUAUUCACUCCUACAAGCACUUAUCUUCUCCAUCAAAGCCAAUUCAAGUGGUGUUUUGCUGCUUGAGGACUUUGAGAUUACCUAUUUAAACAGGCCAAAGGACAAGUUGCUGGACUGGUUCUUCAAUCCUGUGAUGGUUCUGAAGGAACAGAUAAGGGUAAUCAAAUUGGGAGAAGCUGAAGUGAGAUACUUGGAAAAAAUAGUUCUCUUUGGAUUCAACAAGCAACGCCAGGAGGCUUGGGAUAACGGUGGUGUAAUGACACCUGAUGCUCUUAAAGCUGCCCAAAUGGAGGGAAUUUCCAGAAGGAUGAUUGGAAUGAUAAGAGGAGUAUCAAAGCUGCCAACAUACAGAAGGAAAUUUCGUCAGAUUGUAAAAGCUUUGAUCGCUCAUUGUAUGGAGAAAGACGUUUCAGGAAAGGCUUUAGCUACUCAUUCAGGGGAUGUAGUAGAUAUUUGUGAAAAGACUUUAGUUACUAAAUAUUUGGAUUUGGAGAAAGAACCUUCUGGAAGAUCUAAUAGGUCUAUAGUAUCAGUUGCCUCCGAUGAAAAUGUUUGAUUAGUUUUUGUUUUCUCACAUUGUCAAUGAAUCAUUGUAAAUUCCUUUAUAUUGUUUGAUAGAUUGGUGUAAUUUGCUGUACUUCAA